UAAUUAUAAAAUAUACCGCCAUAAUGACCACCUCAACCAUGGCCCGCCCUGCCAGGAAACUAGACGAGUUCGAAGAACUGGUCUACAUGUACGCUGCGCGCAUGGGUCCCCACGACGAGAGUCAAGAGCGCUGGGACAUCGACUCCCAAGCCAGCAAUAUGCGCUUCGAAUCCGCGACAAAAGGGCCCCCCGCCAAAGUCUCCUUCCUCUUCAGCAUCGCUCCCAAAAUGUGUAACUUCCUGGGUAACCUGCACGGCGGAUGCGCGGCUACGCUCGUCGACGUGCUCUCCACCGUCAUCCUGCUGGGCGUGUCCUCGCCGGGCCACUUCUCGCUGGGCGGGGUGAGUCGUAAUCUCAAGAUCACGUAUCUGAGGCCCGUGCCGAGGGGUACGGAGGUGAGGCUGACUUGUGAGCUUGUGCAUGUGGGCCGUCGGUUGGCGCUGUUGAGGGUGGAGAUUUCGCGGGUUGAUAAUGGGAAUCUUUGUGUUGUUGGGGAGCAUGAGAAGGCGAAUACUGAUCCGGAGGUUGAUCAGAGGAUUUAAUUUCUUUAUUUGUAUUUUUUUUUGAGGGGGGGGAUUAUCUACUUGGGUCUUUCUCCCUAUCCUUCUUGUUACUGAGGUGGUGUGCUGGUAUCCAGAUCCUUAUUUGGUCUCAGCUAUAGAGUUGGUCAGAGCUGUGUACAUAUAAAUUCUAAGAGUACAGGAGUGGAUAUGCUGUUAUAG